CCCCCAACCGUCCCCCUUUCACCUCCCUCUCCUUGUCCUACACGGUUACUCUCUCGCGCAGCAAUCUCACCUCUCGUCUCCCCGGGAAGCCGAAGAAAGUUCCAAACAUGGGCGAUCAAAUAAUAAUGUCCGCUUGACUCUUGAGGGAGAUUUUUCCAAGAUGCCAGCUCUUUUGUCCAGUUCUGGGAGUCUGACUGUCAUCUGGUUUUUAUCUUGGUCACUGUGUCUAAGUAGUGCUCAGAUUCGGACCAAUGAAGUUUCGGACGUGCAGUACGGGCGCUUGGACUCGAAUGUGACACUGGCAUGUGGGAAGUCACAAAUUAAUAGGAUACCAGUGGUGUGGCAUCUUGACGACAGUCAAUUGUUACCAUGGCACAAAGUAACAUCAGAUGGAUCGUUAGUCCUGCUGCACGUCAACCUUUCAGCCCAGGGCAACUACAGCUGCUAUGACAACCAUGGGCUCCUACUCCACUCCAUCAAACUCAGACUGGGCUAUCCCCCUGGUCUGCUUAGCAUUUCCUGUCAAGUUCCGAAUCACACUCUUGUUCGCUGCUCCUGGAAAGAAUCGGUGAAGACCUUUCUUCCAGUCAAGUACAACGCCUCCCUCAGGGGUAAUGGCAAGGCCUGGCAGCCUUGCCUGGUGGACGCGGCCCACAAGUACUGUGAUGUAGAGCACCCAUCCUUCUGGCAGACGAUCCACACGCUUAACGUCACGGCCACAAACGCCCUUGGGUCUGAGUCCACGGCUGCCCGGAUUAAAUUGGACAAGCUCUUGAAACCUGACCCUCCGGAGUCAGUAUUAGUUAAUGAGGUGGAAGGCUUUCCAAAUAAACUGAUUAUCUCAUGGAACUUUCCUUCCUCGUGGGCACUACGUGAUGCUUUCCCUCUCGUGUUUCACAUAAGAUACAGGCCACAUGGAUCGCAAUACUGGUCAGAGGUUUAUCCUGAGGAGAGUCCAGUCGUGAUUUUUGAUGCUUUGGCUGGGCACCCUCACCAAGUCCAAGUGCGAGCGAGGGAUGAGCUUGACGCUGAGAGCCAGUGGAGUGACUGGAGUCCUCUGCGUUAUGGCCGACCCUGGGAAGACCCUGCCGCAUCCGAACCUCCCGAGGAUCAUUUUCCGGACUAUGUUUUUCCCUUCAAUACAAAGCCAGAAACCUCAACUUCAAAGUCACUGAAGCCGGUUCUGCAGGAUGAUGGUAAUUUGGGAUUGGUGAUUCUGCUGGUUUUGUUUGCCGUGGUUAUCGUAGCCACUGUCCUUUCCCUCUUCUUUGUGGUGUGGGUGAAGCAGAGGCGGCGUGAACAUGUAACCAAACAGGAGCUCACGUCGAUGGUCAAAAUGAAGUCUAUGCCAAUUUGAUGUUAAUGUCCAACAUCAUCUACUCCUCGGCCCGUUCUCGGGCUCCUAUGAAGAGUCAGGCCAUCGUGGCAGCAUGUUGGCAUUCAAAGACAACAAAUGAACCAGAACCCAUUUCAGAUCUGCGAUGACACAAACGAUCCCACCCUCUCUUUUUCAAACGAAAAGAUGCAAGACUGUCCCGUUGUGGCAUCAGACUACAUUUCCCACAAUGCAUCUGCAGCACAAACCUGCCGGAGGGGGUCUUUUCUCAUCCCCCUCGGGUUAUUUGAGCUGUCAUCGGUGACGUUGCUAAGCGGUUGCACGUGUCCGUUAUCACAGACAAACCCGAUGCUGUGAAUGAGUGGCGACGUUUAUCUGGCGGCAUUGACGCGUCAACGAGGCCUGAAGAAGGGCAGCUGAACACAAGUGAGCGACUUGAAUUGUAAACACGUCACGUAUUACUUUUGCAUUUGUUAUGAUGAAUGGUUUUGUUCCUUUUUUUUCUUUGUAAUCAUCCAUCCACAGAGCGUGUUUAAGUGCAUGUCACACUUGGGUGGGAAUUGGGAUAUAAAGCUGAUAAAAGGCCUCAUCACAAAUCAGCAGCAUGAUGACGACCGCAAGCGCAGGAAAAUGACAUUGAAAAUAAGUAUGGGAAUAGUUUUGGGGGGGUGAAUCUGGUCAUGAUUAUUCAGUGGAAAGCCCAGCAUUUUCAAAACAUUUCACCCAAAACAACUGACUGAAUGAAUAAUGCAAAAUGCAUCCCGGUUUGUUUUCAACAGAUAAGGCAGCAAUUUCCAAACCUUUUCCGCUCCGGUCAACAAUUCGGAGGUAUUAUGUUUAAGGGAUCGUACACAGUUAAGUUUAACUCUUUCAUGCACCAAUAUUGAUAACCUGUAGCCUGAUAACAUGAUAAGCUAUCCACUGUAGUGACCGCUGUCCCCGAAAAGGUUAAAUUGCAUUCUUAAGUGUUGAA